CUUAAUAGGAUAUCUGUUCAGCUAUCUGUACCCUCUGAAUGUGUUUCCAGUAACGGAACCGUGGAAAAGUAAGCGGCUACAGGGCAUCCCUAGCAUGAAGUCAGUCGUGUGCAGCAGACACAUUCUGUAAGUCUGUAACUUUCAUCAUGUGGUAGUGAUGGCUGGUUUCAGAUUGCAGUGCUGGUGGGAGGCGGUGAAACUCGUUUAAAAGUGUUGCAGGACACAGAGAGGAUCAGCGCUGCUGCAUCCAGCUGUGUAACUUGGAAGACACUGACAAGUUAACGUUACUUCACAGGAACAACGUUUUCUGAGGUGAAAGUUUAGCCAUGGCGGUCUCUUCUGCAUUGUGCAUCUUUAGUCUCUUGGCUUUGGUUCAGGCUCAAUCUGAAUCCCAGCAACCUAAGAUUCAACUCCGCCUAGCGGGUGAUAAACGCAAGCAUUACGAGGGUCGUCUGGAGGUCUCCUACAACAAUGAAUGGGGGACUAUCUGUGAUGAUGACUUCUCAAUCGAAGCUGCACAUGUUGCAUGCAGGGAGCUUGGCUUCCUGGGUGCUGUAGCUUGGUCCCCAUCUGCAAAGUUUGGACAAGGAGAAGGACGCAUUUGGCUGGACAACGUCCAUUGCACAGGAAGAGAGAAAUCUUUAGCCGAAUGCCCCUCGAAUGGCUUUGGGGUGUCAGACUGCCGACACAGCGAGGAUGUUGGGGUGAUUUGCAAUCAGAAGCGCAUCCCUGGCCACAGGUUCAUCAAUACCAUGAACAACAACGUUGAGACUCUCGAAGAACGGGUGGAAGAAAUCCGUAUAAGACCCAUUUCAUCCCACCUCAAGCGCAUACCCGUCACUGAAGGCUACGUGGAGAUUAAGGAACGGGGCAAAUGGAGGCAGAUCUGUGAUGAGGCGUGGACCCCCCUUAACAACCGAGUCGUCUGUGGAAUGUACGGAUUCCCCGGAGACAAGAAUUACAACAACAAAGUCUAUAAAUCACUGUCCAUGCGUAAGAAAAAGAACUACUGGCGUUUCUCAGUGAACUGCACAGGAAAUGAAGCCCAUCUGUCCAGCUGUAGGCUGGGCAAACCCUUGGAGCCCAAGCGGAACGGCACAUGUGGACGUGGCCUGCCUGUGGUGGUCAGCUGUGUGCCUGGAAGAGCUUUUGCCCCCUCAUCCUCCACUGGCUUCCGCAAGGCUUACAGACCAGAGCAACCCCUGGUUCGUCUGCGGGGAGGUUCGAAUAUCGGUGAAGGGAGAGUGGAGGUGCUGAAGAAUGGAGUUUGGGGAACCGUCUGCGAUGAUAACUGGAACCUGAGGGCUGCUACCGUCGUGUGUCGAGAACUGGGCUUUGGGAGUGCCAAAGAGGCUCUCACUGGAGCGAAGUUAGGACAAGGAAUGGGUCCGGUCCACAUGAAUGAGGUGGAGUGCUCUGGAUUUGAGAAAUCUCUCACUGACUGUUACUUCAAUAAUGAUGCUCUGGGCUGCAGUCAUGAGGAGGACGCUGCCGUACGCUGUAAUAUACCUGCCAUGGGUUUCCAGAAGAGGAUACGUCUAAGCGGAGGAAGGAACCCAUAUGAGGGACGUGUGGAGGUUCUGACUGAGAAGAACAGUUCUCUGGUUUGGGGAACCGUUUGUAGUGAAAACUGGGGGAUAGUCGAGGCCAUGGUGGUCUGCAGACAGCUGGGAUUAGGCUUCGCCAGCCAUGCGUUUCAGGAGACGUGGUACUGGGCUGGAGAUGCGAGUGCAGAUAAUGUUGUGAUGAGCGGGGUCAGAUGCUCAGGAACUGAGAUGAGUCUUCCUCAGUGUCUUCAUCACGGCAAACACAUCAGCUGCCCUAAAGGAGGAGGACGCUUCGCUGCUGGGGUCUCCUGCUCUGAUACGGCUCCUGACCUGGUGCUGAAUGCUCAGCUGGUGGAGCAGACCACUUACCUGGAGGACCGCCCCAUGUAUGCUCUACAGUGCGCCCUCGAGGAGAACUGCCUGUCCAGCACUGCCAAAAAGAACGACCACAGCUCCUACCGCCGCCUGCUCCGCUUCUCCUCCCAGAUCCACAACGUUGGCCAAUCAGAUUUCAGACCCAAACUGGGUUACCACGCCUGGACCUGGCACGAGUGUCACAGGCAUUAUCACAGCAUAGAGGUUUUUACCCAUUAUGAUCUGCUGAGUCUGAACGGCACCAAGGUGGCAGAGGGUCACAAGGCCAGUUUCUGUCUAGAGGACACUCAGUGUGACGAGGGUAUUCAGAAACGGUAUGUUUGUGCCAACUUUGGUGAACAGGGCAUCACCGUUGGCUGCUGGGAUACCUAUAGACAUGACAUUGAUUGUCAGUGGAUCGAUAUCACAGAUAUCAAACCAGGAGACUAUAUUUUCCAGGUUGUUCUCAAUCCUUACUAUGACGUAGCCGAAUCAGAUUAUACCAACAACGUUAUGAAGUGCAAGUGCCGCUAUGAUGGAUACAGGAUAUGGAUGUACCACUGUCAUACAGGUGGCUCGCGGAGUUCAGACAUGGAUGAGUACCCUGGAAUGAGCAACCAGCUGCACUUCAGAUAGGACACAGUGAGGAAGGACCAAGGCUCUCGGUGGAGGACGCUACCGGCUGUCACUCAGACAAUUCAGAUAUGAUUGACCACUAGAGAGACUCCAGCACUUCGAAGGCAGAGACCGCUGCUCUUUUAGGCUGAAAUACAGCAUGCUCUUUCACGGUCCUCGCUAUAUCAAACUUGCUUUGAGCAGAAACGAUUUAAAUUCCUAAAUUGUACUGUACUUGCUGCAUUCAUUUUUGGUGCUUGAACUGCUUAUUUGUUGGUUGUAGUGGUUACAAACCCGUGCUGUAAUGUUCAAACUGGGAUCUUAAUAUUAAGUUUUCAGUUCUUUCUGCAUUGUAACUUAAAUUCACAAAGCCUGCAGUUUCAUGAACUCCACUCCACUAGCGGCUGUCAAACUCUUGUGGUUUCAAGCAUGUAAUUUAUUGUGUUCAGUCAGGGAUAAUGUUUUAUCAGGUUUUGUGUAUGCAAUGUGAAACUGUAAUAAUUUGUUGCAAUUUUGUGAAGCAUCUACCCUCUGUUUUAUGAAGGGAUCUAUGACCAGUUCAAUGGUUUCCAGAUAUACAAUGUGUUUAUGACUGAACAACACAUUUGGUCAAACCAUUGCAUUGUUUCCUAGAAUAAAAGCAAUUAAUGCGUGUUAUUUGGAGGAUGGUGUUUAUGUGAACCUGAAAACCCAUGUUAAACCCAAUUAAAGAAGUGACACCAAAACAUUUCAUUAAAACAGUUUGAGAUAUCAAACAAUUUUAAAGCAUCGUAGUUUUUUAACAAAGCAACUCCGACAUACAAGUCAAAUAUAUAAUAACUGUAGCAAACAAAACAAACAGAUUUAUCUACAUUCAGUUGUACAUCUAAUAAUACUAUUGCAUGUUAAACAAAACAUUUAAUGUUUCAAAAAUGUCAUUUAGACUCCAUUCCCAUCUCAAAUUACACAAGCUGAAUAUGAAAACAACAUUGACAAACAACACAGCUAAACACACAGUCUACUUAAUUUAAUCAUUAGGUUCAAUAUGAUUGAUAUGACAGGAAAUCCAAUGAGCAAAAGAGCUUAUUUGUAUUAAAUAAGAUUUAAGUUAAUAAAAAUGAUCUAUUUACAAUGGCUGGACCAGAUGCUGUGCUUGUUGGCAUGAAGAAACAGCAAGAAAAAAACAAGGCUGUUUCCUGCUAAAGAAGAAAGAACCAAAGUCCUCUGAAUGCUUACCAAAACUCACAUCAAAUGCUCACUUAACAUUGCUUGUUUCCUAAAAUAGUACAGAACUCAACCAAUUAAAACUUGGGAGACCACAUAUAUUUCAUGUGUUUGAGAAUUUCGAACAUCCUGUGCAGCUAAAUAACACUUUACAGCAUCUCCUUUCCCAGGCUGAGUGGUGCAGUAAUGUCAAGGACAUUUGAAGAGUUCAGAUGCAAAAGCCUCUAAGUGCUGUCUGAAAUUUUCUUCUAAAAUUAGCAUUU